AUGGAAAUCACAAGUUCUCUUGGAUGGAAGCACGAUUUAACAUUGCUUGGAGCAAAAGCAGCGGCGACGGAAUCCUCUGCAGUUUCCACUGAACUAGAAGAUAAUGCACUGUCGGUGAGAAUUACAAGUGAUGUGGCUCGUGAAAUGACAAGAGCAAGCUUGCCUAGAGUCUCUACAUUUGUCUUUGCUGCCACGAUAACUUAG